AGUCGUUUUUCAACACUCAAAAUCUAAGAUUUAGAAACACAAAUGUUUACUUCUUAAUAAAUCGCGUAUUUAGACCAUUAAAUCGUUUUAAAAUGUUUGAAAAGAAAAGCGACAAGGUUAAGCAAGGAGAGCAUAAGCCACGAGAAGAUGGCGUGGAGCUGGAAAGCCAGUUUAUUAUGCGCGUACCCAAGGAACUCGCUGACAAUGUCCAUGAAGCCAUAAAUGCCGGAACCGUAAAGGACCGACUGACCAUUCAACUGGACCAAGAUCUGCGCUAUGGAGAAGUCCGCUUGGAUGACCAGUUGCUGUAUGCGAAGCUCGUGGAUUUGCCCACCGUGGUGGAGAGCUACAAGACCAUUGAUAACAAGAGCUUCUACAAAUCAGCGGACAUCUGCCAGAUACUCAUCUGCAAGGAGGAACCCGACGACGAAACGGAAAAGGAAUCACCCAACAAAAAUAAGAAGAAGGAUCCCAACAAGGUGGACAAAAAGUAUCUGUUUCCGCACGGCAUUACACCGCCGUGCAAGAACGUGAGGAAACGUCGAUUCCGGAAAACUCUGAAAAAGAAAAACGUGGAAGCCCCGGAAAUCGAGAAGGAAGUGAAGCACCUGCUACGCAUUGAUAACGAAGCCGUCAGGGUGGACUACGAGAUCAUCAACGAGGAGGAUAAGCCCAUGGAUGACUUGGAUCAAUCAGAUAUCAAGCCAUACAACGAUGCCGACGACGAUAUGCAGGAUGAAACCACCAUGCAUGCCAGCGAUAAGACCAUCAUGGAGAAUAGCUCGCAGCGGGAUAUCAAUGUGGAGUCUGAUGACGAUGAGACGAGCAACUUUCCCACCCACCGAGCGCCCAACAUGGGCGUUGCCGCCCACGACAUCUUCGGUGAGGAGGUAUCCACCACCGAUGACGAAGAUGAACCCGACCGAGGCAACACCACUGGGCAGCGACGGGAGCUGGAAGAAUCAUCACGCCUCUCAGCCGAUGAUUCGCGCAUGUCGGACUUCUUUGGCGCCGCCAGUGGCAGCAAUACUGGUGCUGGCGGUAUGAAAAUGGAGCAGAAUGAGUUCAGCAAGUCCAUGUUUGGUCAGGAACCGAGCAGUCCAAAGCUGAGCGCCGCCGGUUCCAGCUCCAACCUGGCUGCUCCCAGUGGCUUCUACGACAGCUCGAUGCUGGCCAAGCGGGAAGAGUUUGAGAACAUGGAGUUCAUGGAGGAUCCGCAGCCGCAAUACACGCAACAGCAGGUCCAGGAGAAAAUCAGUCAGUUGACGCGGCAAAUAAGUGAUCUAAAAGCCCAGCAGUCUCAGAAAUCUACGGAGAUUGCCUCCAUCCAGAACGCCACCUUGAAGCAGCGAAUGCAGGAAACACUUGACAAUCUGUAUACGCAGGUCAUCGAACGAGAAUUGGAGCUAAAGGACUUUGAAAAUAUGCUGGAGUCUUAAAUUCAAAUGAUCUUACGUUAUUAUAGAGUCUAUCUUUGGCA